AUGACCGAGGAACAAAAGUACCAGGGAGCUCUUUACAAGAACAAGAAAGCGAAGACUGCGCCAACCAACACACAGUCUGCGCAAACGGACAUGGCUCACGCAGCUUACGUGGAGGACGUCGCCGACUAUGAGGGAUGGGAGGAUGUCCCGACGGCACCGCCUCGCGUUCCCAGCCCGCCAGGGGCUUUCGGUGGAUUCAACGUCUUCGACUACCAGGUGAACGCAACACCGAGCGCCUCCACCGUCGCGAUACCACAGGUUGUCGCUCCGGCUCCUGAACCAGCCGAGAGCACGGAGUUGGUGCGGUACGAGUACAAGCGGGAGUCCUACCAAGACAUCGAUGCAGACAUGAUGGCCGAUGACGAGGCUCUUAUUCAGUAUGGAUCGGGCCCUGUGCCAGCCGAGCCCAGCUCCUUUGAAACACCUGCACCAAGGAGGGAUCGAAAGAAGGCGAGCAAGGAGGAUAAGAAGGACAAGAAGCGGAAGCGGUUACACGUGGACACGCGAGACCUCGACAUGCCGGAUGCGCCUGUCCUACACUCCGAUCUUACCGGGGGACUCAACCGUCUGAUGAGCAGACCGCAUGCCUUCCCACCAUCGCCCGACUACUCAGGAUCCGGCGGGGAGGUUGGCGAGAACCCCGCGAGCCCAUUAAAGAAGUCCAAGCAUUCCAAACACCACAAAUCGAGCCGGCCAGACAGCGGGAUAUUCAACGGCAUCGCCUCGAUGCUGGCAAGCGGGAACUCGAAGCCGGCAACCAAAUCGAAGAAGCGCAAGCACACUUCCACUUCAACGUCGACAUCCACCAAGAAGCGCCAUUCCCAUACCUCAAAACGUCUGGAGGGUGCCAAGGAGGUCAAGAUGCUUGAGUACAACAAGGCCGAUGAAGGAGAGUCCAGGGAUGGGCCGGGCACCAUGGUCGUUUUUAAGCCCCAUGCAGAUUUGUUCUUGAGUCUGAUCAAGAAGGGUCCUGACAGCGAACGUGGCUGCAGCGUCAACAAGGCCUUGAAACGAUACCACCGCGAACGUAGCGGCACAGGUCGAGCCAAAUCGACAGAAGAGAAGGAGCUGUUCCGCUCACUACGCCUGCGUCGCAACGACCGGGGCGAGAUUGUGCUGUUCAGCGUCCCAGAAGAGGAUUGA